AUGUUUGAUGAUACAAAACCACCUAACCAUACUAUACCGACAACCGACGAAUGGUCGGCCGCGCUUCUAAAAUUGUGUCAACGAGUCAGUAAAGUCAUUAUCGUCAUAGAUGCCCUUGACGAGUGCGUUGAUUUCAGCAAGCUUCUAACAGUACUGAAGAAGCUUCAAGUCAAGCAGCUUGAUGAUAUCAAGUUUGUUUUUUCAAGUCGAUUGAACGUGGAUGUGGACAAGGUUUUCACUGCAUCAGAGGGUGUUAUUUUGACCACCGAAGAUACAUUGAAGGAUAUGUCUCAGUACAUCGAGAACGAAGUGAAAUCUAAGGAGGAAGACAUUGAUUCUAAUGACGAGGAAACCAAGCGACGACUCAUGGAUCGGAUAGUGCGAGUUCUAUCAGAUUUUGCAGGUGGAAUGUUUAAAUGGGUCACCUUGCAACUUGCAAUAAUGUUUCCGAUCGAAACUCAAACAUUUUUGCCCGAAAAUAUUGAGAUCCGGCUGUUGGAUAUCGAAAAUCGGAACAGUUCCUUGGAGCAAUCCUUGAAUAGUGCAUAUGAAAUGGUGUAUUUGAUGAACGCCAAGCCAGGAGCUUACAAUACUAGCGUCUUCAAGUCAGUUUGCAAAUGGCUAUUGUGCUGCAAAACUGCACUGCCCGCAGAAGAAGUUCUCAAAGUUAUUGAACUGUCGCUUGAUCAUGAUUCUAAACUCAAGGGAAUAACGCGAAGUCCUUUGAGCACAAAAGUUGUCUUGCAUUGCUGUAGCAACUUUGUUAUUCAAAAUUCGGAUGGAAAUUUUCGUUUCGCUCACUUAUCGGUCGAGGAGUAUCUUAUCAAUCAUUGCGCUGUGAAAUUCGAGUUUCAAUAUGAAGAAUGUCAUCUUUUCGUGAUGAAGAUCUGCCUAGAUUUCAUGGCGCAAGAAAGAACUGAUUCAGUUGCAAAGCUAGGGCGCAAACAAUAUUAUUUAGGUGCUGUCAUGUCCGACUCUGUAGAGAGCUUUGGGGAGAUUUUCACUUUCCAGACAUAUUCCAUCUCUUAUUGGGCGUAUCACGCCAAAAAAUCCACACCGGAAAAAAGAUGCAGAGAAUCUCUCUAUAAACGUUUUGCUCUUGGUGACAGGCUGAGCGCUUCAUUAAAGUGGUGGUUUGCUCAGAUUGACGCCCGCAAUUACUACUCCUCAGAAAGCAUUUUGAGCCGGAUCAAGGAGACUGCAGACGUGUUAUUGGGUCUUCCACGAUCAGAUCAAUAUCCGUCCAAGAGUCGUGUUAGAAUGCUGGGAGCAGCGUUCAAUCUUCCUGAGAUUUUGGAGAACGGGAUCAACAAUCAUAAGGAAGAAGUCGAUAUGCCAUUGCGUACUGACCACGGAGCUAAUCCUACUCGAAUAUCCGUCGCACAUAGACAAUGGACAAAGUAUGACAUUAUGGUCAGGCCUGUUAGAGAUAUGGUGUACUGGGUGACACGUGAAGGUGGCAACAACCAAGAACAGCUUGAAGGUCAUUUGCAGGUAGAAAAUGUCCUUCUAAAUCACGAGAAGAGUCGAAGACAUUUUCUCAAUCAACUUGAAAGGCAUUUGAGAAUCGACACCCAUCCUGAUCCAUCGCGAGCUUUGAAGAUUCUUUAUAGAGCUUCCAACGAGGUACCAAUAUCCGCAAAGAUUUUUGAGUACAGAAUCGAAACCAGAGGUCUGGGUGAGCUGGGUGAAGUUCUUGACCUUAUAGACGAUGAGACUUUUGAUGAAGAAAUGGUAGCGGAAGUUGUUCGUCGUGAUUCUUGUGAAACCGUCAAGAAUGUGUUUGGAUUUAAAGAGGUCAGCUCGAUCACCGAGAAAAUUGUUAGGAAUGCCCUUGAAAGUUUUGACUCUAAGACCCUCGCAUAUCUUAUGAAGCAAUUCGGUCAUGAUGCCCUAACACGAGAGAUAGUGAUUAAUACAAAGCUUCGAUCUCAUGAGGUUUGGAAAGUAAUACUUGAUGUUAAGGGGAUUCAGUUCAUCAACCAGGAGGUUCUUGGCUCGCUGUUCGACAAUUGGGGGGAAGGCCCCGAAUCUGUCACCCUUGUUUUGGAUUCUUGUGGCAUUGAUAUGGUCGGAAGUUCCCAUAUUGAAACUAUAGCCGGUUCAUCAUUUUAUGCUCUUGAGGCUUUGAAUGCUAUUCUUCGCAUAAGAGGAUCUUUGGAUGGUUUGAUCACAGAGGAAGCGGUUUUUAAAGCUUUUCGACAGGAAAGUUUCGACAUGGCAGCAGUUUUGCUAGAGAAUGCAGAGGACCUUCCAUCAUUGUUGACCAAGCAAGUCAAAGAAGUUGCUAAGCAAGGUGGAGAUGCUGGGAUGCUGGUUCUUGAAAAAUUUGUCAACAACACUCGUGAUUGA